ACUACUCCCUCAUCUGCUGAGACUAACAAUUUUAGUAAUAAUAUCAUUAUUAAGAACCAGUCUUUAGUUAAACAACUCCUGUUAAAAAAAAAACUUAAAAUCUCAGUUUAUUUUCUUUUGAUAGGUAAGAAAAUUAAGACCUACGAUUACAUCUUCUUCAUCACUUUUCUCUCCAAGAAAAAAACUUAUAUAUAUGUAUAGGACCGAACAAAAGUCAAAUAAGGAAGCUUGUAUCAGAAGAACUUUCAUAAUCUGUUUCUCUAUAUAACAAACAUUCAAAAACCCAUAUAUAUAAACCAAACCUGUGUCUGUGUUUGCAUCAGACACCAUAUUUUCAGACAUCAGUGUUGUUUCAAGAACAUCUUUUCAAUUUUCUCACCGUAGGAAGGAUUUCUAGCUAGGCAUCAUGAUGAUGACGGAACAACAGAAAAUUCAUCCGGUGGCCGACGUGGAAGCACCACAUCCUACAGCGCCAUUAGUUAAUAGUAGGUCAGCUAGAUCAGAAAAAGGUGAUCCAGAACUACAGCAAUACGCACCACGAAGAAAUAUUCCAGUUUAUCAUUCGAAACCUCCUAAGAAGAAGAGAGGUUGCUGCUGCAAAUGCAUUUGUUGGACAAUAAGCUUAAUUAUACUUCUGAUAAUCAUUAUUGCUGCUGCUGGCGGAAUUCUCUACGCGGUUUUCCAACCUAAACUACCUAAAUAUUCCAUUGAUCGUCUAAGAAUAACAGAUUUUCAGCUUAACACCGACGCAAGUCUCUUUGCAAGGUUUGCUGUCAGGGUUACCGCGAGUAACCCGAACAAGAAAAUUGGUAUAUAUUAUGAAGAUGGUAGUAACCUGAGUGUUUUCUAUACAGGAACUAAGUUAUGUGAAGGUAGACUGCCACACUUUUACCAAGGGCAUCAGAACACUACUAUCUUAGAUGUGGCGCUAAAGGGACAAACACCAAAUGCAAAUGCCCUGUUCUCGGCGUUGAGGACUGAACAACAAACAACUGGGAGUAUUCCAUUGAAUCUUAGAGUUAAAGUGCCAGCAAAGAUCAAACUUGGGAAGCUGAAGCUUUGGAAGAUUAAGUUCAUGGUUAGGUGCGAUUUGGUUGUGGAUAAUUUAAGUGCUGCUGCUUCCAUUAGAAUCAAAACAAGUGAUUGUAAAUUUAGGUUGAGGCCUUUUUAGUUCUACCUUCCCCAUAUACUUGCUCCGAGUUUAGAUUAAAAGCUUGGAUUUUAUUUUUUUUCAAUUAAAUGGGGGAUUAUUAUGUUUGGCCACCAUAUAGAUACUUACUUCGUAUACUUUUUAUUAUAUUUAUAUCCAUAUAUUUUAUUUA